AAAAAUCACAAUAUGACGCUGACGCACCCGCACCCAAUCGUAUGUUUUGUUUUGAUAACCAGUUCGUUCGGGCUUGGGACGCACGGGCACAGCUGAGGGCGCAAGGCGAUCAUCCUGAUUGAUUGUUUCUGCAAAGCCCUCUUCUCCUCCUAUGGAUCUCAACCCGUCCGCAGGGGAAAACUAUGCAAACCCGAAGAUAUGUUUCUUUCAUGUGCUUUUCAAGGCAGCAGCUUUGGCAUUCUACAUACUUUCAGCUCUCUUCAUUGAUAACUUUGUCAUCAUCUUCGUGGUCACUGUUCUUCUUGCUGCUCUUGAUUUUUGGGUAGUCAAGAAUGUCAGUGGUCGUAUCUUGGUUGGUCUGAGGUGGUGGAAUGAGAUAAAUGAGCAGGGUGAAAGUGUGUGGAAAUUUGAAUGUCUUGACCAGGAGGCAUUGGCUCGGAUGAACAAGAAGGAUUCAUGGUUAUUUUGGUGGACCCUUUACCUUGCAGCAGUUGUCUGGAUCGUGCUUGGAAUAUUCUCUCUCAUAAGAUUUCAGGCUGAUUACCUUCUGGUUGUAGGAGUUUGCUUGACCCUUAGCAUUGCAAAUAUCAUUGGCUUUACUAAAUGUCGCAAAGAUGCUAAGAAGCAGAUUCAAGCAUUUGCCUCUCAGACAAUUGCAACUCGCGUCUCAUCCACAAUACAGACUGCGUUUAGCGUAGUUUGAACUGUUCCUGCAACCUGAACCUGCAAAGAGCCGAAGAAAUGCUGCGCACGGGAAACCUUUGCUGAUCCGAUUGAUAACAUGUAUUGGACCACAGUUCAAAAAAUAUCAAACAAUUAUGGAAGUUGUUGUAGAGUUAUUAACGGGGCUGGAGAUGAUGAUGCUGAUGUUGCUACAUGAUUUGUUGGAAUUUUUGGGGGAUUCUUUAUUAUGGUUUGUAUAUUAAGAAUUAGGGGAAAACUAAGAGAUUUCGUA